AUGGCAGACACAGGCAGAACUCCCGCAGGCUCUCCUCCACCUGGAGUUACCCCAAAUUUCGUGAAUCCUCCCGGCUCAGAAUAUCAGAUUUAUUCGGUCAGCAUUGGCUUGUGUGCCGCGGCGACACUGGUCUUGAUUGUUCGGCUUUACACACGCGCAUUUAUUUUGAAGAAUCUACAUCUUGACGAUGCGUGCUGCGUUAUGGGCCAACUUUGUGCAUGGAUCUUUGCCAUUCUCAGUAUCAUCAAUGUCAAAAACGGAUAUGGAGUACACAUCUGGGACUUAUAUCUUGAUCAGUUGACAGCAUUCAAGAAGUACGAUCUCGCAGAAGAAGACGUAUACUCUCUUGGUGUCUGGUUUGUCAAGACAUCCAUCCUCCUGUUCUACCUCCGCCUCAGUCCCGAGAAACGAUUCCGUCAAAUCACCUACGCUAUCAUGGCUUUCGUUGCGGCAUACAGUCUCACAAGUAUCCUUGUCUUCACACUGGGCUGUCAACCAGUUGCUGCUAUGUGGGACGUGAGCAAAUCGGCUGGAGCGAAAUGCGUGGACCAAUUCUCUUUUGUUUACGCAAAUGCCGCAUUUAAUGUGUUUUCUGAUGUGAUCAUUUUAAUACUGCCAAUUCGUCUUUGCUGGUCUCUGCAAGUAUCAUGGAGGCAGAAGACAAUGCUGUUGAUGCUGUUCAUUCUCGGUUCAUUUGCUUGUAUUGUUUCAUGUGUUCGAAUCAUCACCAUGAUGCCGUUCAUUCAUAGCAGUGACUUUACCUGGUACAAAGUUACCCUUGCGACCUGGUGCAUGGUCGAAAUCAAUGUCGGUAUCAUAUGUGCCUGCCUUCCAGUCAUGCGUCCUCUCUUCCUCCAGACCUUCCCGCGCCUUUUUAGCAGCAUCGGCAGCAGAAACACCAGCGGAAACCAGCAGUCCAGUGAAAACAGCUAUCAGCUCAAGAAGCCAGCUAGGAAGAUCCGCAAUUGGGACUACCUGACUACGCUCCACACUCAGCUGACAAACGCAGGGAGGGAUCAAGAUGGUGAUACAGAGAGUGCGCAGGCAAUAGUUAGGAAUGAGAGUGGGGAACAAAAUGGCAUCGUGAAGUCGGUCAAUUAUACGGUUCAAUAUAAGGAUCAGAAGUAA